CGCAGAUGCAGCCUUCAUAUCACCGUGCUCGCCAAGCAGGAGGUAUCUGAGCCGCUCGCCAUGGCAAUAAUGUACUCAUGAUGGAGUGUGAUGGCCAUCAUCACCCUCUUUCGCCAGCAAGUAUCCUCCGCUCUUAUCGGGGGCCAAGACCCCGGCAAUGUCGUCCUCCGCAAUGGCUAAACGGCCAAACAGACCCCUAGUCGUCAGAUGCGUAUACGAGGGAACUUCCAGAAAGGUUACUUUUCCUUCCGCAGUGACUUGUCGUCUGGACUCAGUCCGUUCUAGGAUCGGUGAAUGCUUCUCGCUCUUCGCAUCGCCCUUCACUCUGUCCUAUACGGAUGACGACGGCGAGGAGUUCACAGUCAGAAACGAACAUGAUCUCACAGAUGCCAUAGCAUACUUUGUCUCUGGAGACGACGAUGAUCAAGGAUCUUCUAUUCGAUCUGGAUUGGGAUCAACUCGAAAUCCACAAAAGAUCGUCUUGCGUCUGGACGUCGUGGUGGAAUACGAUGGCCCGAGCUUGAGCGACACGUCGUCCAUCUCCGGGUUCUCGACCUCGACAGGAGAAGAUGGAGCAGAGAGCGUUUGGAGCUCGGCAUAUACGCACAGUGUGCACAGCGGCCAAUUCAGCGAGAGGUCCCAAAGGUUACUCCCUACUGCAGUAGAGCUUCAGCACAGUGAAGCGCUACUCGCGGGUGCUAUUCAAGACUUGAAUCUCAGCAAUACGGGAACGCCUAGCGUGUUCUCGGACGCUACAAUCGAUGGCAAAGCACCUUCAUUCCGUCGAGACUCCCGCACAUCCACCAGUCGUCAAUUACCUGGACCAUCUUCCCUGCCAAACAGACGGGCAUCGGAUGAGACCGCUCGACAGGAUCCACCCUUGACUGGGCCGGACAGCGCUCCAGCUCCUUCACUUCUUACUCACUCGGAGCUAGGACAUAGAUGGCUGAAGGAGCAGACCAGCCUCGUGACUUCAAGAAGGUUUGGCGCUCCAUCCAUCAAUGGCUCGAAUCGACAACAAGGCUCGAGGGAUAGUGACGACAGCGAUGAGGAGGAGGUGGUGGACCUGGCCCUACUCCGUGACGCCAGGGGAAAGUUCUACUACUCUUACGGGUCAGAUGUCGCGAGCUUCACCUCUGAUGCAGAAGUGGAAGCCCCACAGAAUGUCGCUUCAGGCUCGCGACCACCGGUUCAUCAUUUUUCAGCUUAUCGGGACGUCACUGCCAGUGGAUCUAGCGCAGAUCCAGGUCUCAGUCCCUUCAUUACCGACUGCUCAGCAUGCGGGACCCAGCUUGAUUAUUUACGUUACGUUUGCGCGAUCUGCGGAGAGGUCCAGGGAUCGUCGGAAGGCAACGGAUUAAGCGAGGCUGCGAGUAAUUCAGGCUUUGAGCUUUGCGCUGGCUGUAUCGAGACUCAUGGUAUCGAGCAUUCGAAAGCCAUGGCUCGAGCUGCGCAAACCCGGACACCUCCCAAAAUGGAGCUCAAUCAUCCUUUCCAAGAGAAGAUCUGGGGAGAUCGGGAAUGGAAGGAUGUCGAGUAUACCGAGGACUCUUCGUGUUCGAUAUGCCAGAGGCAGCUACAUCGAGAACGGUUUAAAUGUGUAUCUUGCUCAAAAUUCGAGCUAUGCAGCUUCUGCUAUCAGAAAGUAGGAGAAAUACACCCUGCGCAUGCGUUUCUUGUUGUCAACAAUACUGGCUCACUCAAACAUGUUCCGUCAAGUCCCAUCCCAGUAAUGAUGAUGCAGUCUUCGAGAGUGGCCCCCAUCUCCUCCGUUCGCCAUCCUGGGGUGUUUUGUCACAACUGUCUUCAGGACAUCGUGGGGCCGCGUUUCCAUUGCGCGGUCUGUCUUUCUUGGGACCUGUGCGCGGAUUGCGAAGGACUCGCUGUACCAAGCGACGGAUCCGGGCACACUGCGGAUCACAUUAUGAUGAAGAUUCCUCUUCCGCUGGGCUCGCACGAAGUCGAAGUUGUCUCGCGAAGAGCUAGAGAUCGUUGGCUUCAACAAGACGCAUCCGCUGUCGCUGCCGCAGCUGCCCUGAGGUCGAAUGGCGAUGGAAGGGCUAGAUCUUUGUCUCCGACCAAUGAGACGGUCUAUGCAGAUCCGAAUGGCACUCGAGCCGACGUGACCGGUGCAUCACCAUCAACAUCUCGUAUCUCCCGAGAUCUGAAUCACCAUAUGCAGUGCAGCCAGUGCCAAGAGUGGAUCAUUGGAACCAGGUUUCAAUGCGCCAAUUGUCCAUCCAAGCCUACAGGGUAUAGUCUGUGCUCAAAUUGUGAAAUCCGUUCCUAUCGAUGGCACGAUCCCAAGCACGUAUUCUUCAAGCUUGAUGCGCCGGUUCAUUUCUCCAUUCAGUCGGAAGAAGGUUUGCUCCCGCUACUGUACAAGGGCAAAGUAGGCGAAGUGCCUUCGUCUGUCGCGCUCGACCCUCGUGAUCCGAAGGCGUACCUCAAGCAUGUCGUACAUCGGGAAACCCUGUGCGAUAUUCACUCCGAUCAGAUCCGGGGAGCGUGGUUCCGAUGUGCUCAUUGCCCAGCCGGGUUCGAUGUGUGCGAAGAGGCAGCGCAAGAGGAUCACCACGAUUCUACGCAUGUAUUCGUAGUCUUCAAGGCCAAAGUUGAUAUGGGAGUCUUUCGACAAGUUGCUCAUCUAGAGGAAGCUCAAUCAGAGCCUCUCCUGAAGAAUCCGGUAUAUCUUAGUAGUUGAGGAUCGAGACUGUAUGUUCACUGUGUUGUAGGCUAGGCGAGAGCAAGUCAAGCAUAUGAAUGACUAUGC